UUCACAGCAGAAGUUUCCUAGUAAUGGCUCGUACCAAGCAGACAGCUCGCAAGUCCACCGGCGGCAAGGCCCCGCGCAAGCAGCUGGCCACCAAGGCGGCCCGCAAGAGCGCGCCGGCCACCGGCGGCGUGAAGAAGCCCCACCGCUACCGGCCCGGCACGGUGGCGCUGCGCGAGAUCCGCCGCUACCAGAAGUCCACCGAGCUGCUGAUCCGCAAGCUGCCCUUCCAGCGCCUGGUGCGCGAGAUCGCGCAGGACUUCAAGACCGACCUGCGCUUCCAGAGCUCGGCCGUGAUGGCGCUGCAGGAGGCGUGCGAGGCCUACCUGGUGGGGCUCUUCGAGGACACCAAUCUCUGCGCCAUCCACGCCAAGCGCGUCACUAUCAUGCCAAAGGAUAUUCAGCUUGCGCGCCGGAUCCGCGGGGAGAGGGCAUAAACUAUCCUCAACUGUCUGGGCGCGUUUGCCUUCUGUCUCCCAAAGGCUCUUUUCAGAGCCACUAACGUUCUCACUGAG